AUGUUUAUUGUUUGGAGAAUGAAUUCCUUCUCCGUUUUUUUUUUACUUUUGACAUUAUGCCAUUCGAUGUCAGGAAAUAAAAAUACGGAUUCGUUGGGAAUUUCAACUACCGUCCCUCCACAAGCAGUUUAUCAACCGCAGGAUCCGAGCAGAUAUGUACAACCACCAAGUUACCAUUAUCCAGACAUGUAUGGUUCUAUUUCGCCCUAUGAGAGUUACCUGUAUCCUUCAACUGGUUAUCUUUCAUCGUCACCGAUUAGUUCAAUGACUGGACUUUUUCCAAGCGCACAGGGAGCUUUCCAAGUGGCGCUCAGAAUUUUUUCCAAGGUUGGUCUAUUUCUCAUGGGAGGUAUGGUUCUUCUUUUCGUAGGAGGAUUGUUUACUACCGCAGUGUGUUCUUUUACACCUCUAUGCAAUAUUACUUUCAAUGGAUUUAGUAAUAUUGACAAAGAAACAGUCCGUGCUUUCAUGACGCCAGAAAAAAUAUCAACAGCUGCAGCACUUGUUCAAGAUGCCAUUGGGAAAUAUCAACGUCUUCAAAGAUCGGGAAAUUAA